AUGGCAUUAGGCUCACAAGCCUACGGUGAAUCAUGGUACUGGGACAACCGUUACACAACCCAACCAGGUCCUUUUGAUUGGUACCAAAAGUAUAUCACUUUGGCUCCUAUCAUCAAUCUCUAUGUUCCUCCAAACCAAUCCAUCCUCGUUGUUGGUUCCGGUAAUUCAGCGUUUAGUGAAGGAAUGGUUGAUGAAGGUGGUUACACAGAUGUUGUCAACAUUGAUAUAUCUUCUGUGGUGAUUGAUGCUAUGCAGAAUAAAUACCGAAAUUGUCCUCAAUUGAAGUAUUUGAAAAUGGAUGUAAGAGACAUGAGUGCUUUUGCAUCAGAGACUUUUGGAUCUGUUAUCGACAAAGGGACUCUUGAUUCUCUCUUGUGUGGAAACAAUUCAAGACAAAAUGCUACUAAGAUGCUUGAGGAAAUUUGGAGGGUUCUCAAGGAUAAAGGAGUCUAUGUUCUGGUGACGUAUGGAGCUCCACUAUAUCGCCUACGUUUGCUACGCGAAUCAUGCUCGUGGACAAUUAAACUCCAUGUGAUAGAUAAACUUGCAUCAGAAGAAAAAUCUGAUAAUCCACUAUGGGAGCUGACAAAACCUAUCACGCUUAAUUACGAUGGAAGCUCUGUGGAGGAAACUCUAGGAACGAAUCCCGACGUCCAUUAUAUAUACAUUUGCACUAAGGAUCUUUCGGCAACGCAAACAUAA